AUGUCCUCGACAGGUCUUCAAGCGACCGCGGUAGUGACCGGGUCCUUCCUCUCAGGGGCCAUGAUGUCUCUGUCUCUUUUCGCCGUUCCCGUUCUCCUUGACACCACAACUGAAUCCCCCCAGCUAUUCUUCCAAUGGGUCCGGAUGUAUCACUAUGGACACAUGGCUUUACCUACCAUGGCUGUAGGAACUUUCUUGCUAUACAGCUACACAGCCCUCAAAAAGAGAAGCGCAAAACAAUCGUGGCGACGUUGGUUGAUCGCGGGUGUUACCACCUUGACCAUGGUACCGUUUACCUGGCUUGUCAUGGUCCCUACCAAUAAUGAGCUUUUCCGCUUGCAGAAAGUGAGCCUAGUGGAGCCUACUGUUAUGACCAUCACCGAAUCCAAGGAGCUGGUGAUUAAGUGGAGCUGGAUGCAUCUGACUAGGUCUUUCAUGCCUUUGGCUGGAGCUGUGAUGGGAGCUAUGUGGACCCUCACCAAGUAG